UAUUAAAUUACAUAUGGCUUUGACUUUGACAUAUAAACAAGAAGCCGUUAAGCAUAUAGUAGUUGACAGUUGUUUAUUUUAAUAAAUAUAAGGGUUCCUAAGUUUUAUUUUAUAGACAAAUAAAUAAGUCAUGAAUUCAUCAGAAUACAAGAAAUAUCAUGAGUCCUUUAUGCAAAACAAUCAAGGCUCAACUGCCGUUCAUACAUUUAUGUGCAUUUUAUUCACGUUGCAAUGUACGAUGUUGUGUGCAAUAAUACCAAGAAGGAAGAGUUCAUAUCAGUUAAUACUUGAGUAUUUUAUAAUGGUACUACCUCUUAUAAUCGCGCACACUGCCAUGUCGGAUUAUAUUUAUGUGCUCAAUAUCGUAAUUGUUGUAAUAUUGGUAAAUGUUAUUAAAAGAAAGACUAAUAUUAGACAAGUUAAAGAGACGCUCUUAGUUAAGAAUGCUUUUCAAGAUGACAAAAUCAAAUCAAUAACAUGCCUUAGAGGACUGACAUAUUUAAUCACAGGAUUUUGCAUUUUGGCAGUAGAUUUCAAACAGUUUCCGAGACAUUUGGCUAAGACAGAAAAGUAUGGAUAUAGCCUCAUGGACACAGGUGUUGGACUGUUCAUCAUUAUUAGUGGCCUAGUACAUAGAGACUUAAGUAAAAGCAACUACGUCUCUGUUUUAAAGGGAAAUUUGAAAUUUAUUAUAAUAUUGAUUACACUCGGUAUUGCCAGAUACGUAUCAUUAAAGAAAUUAGAAUAUCAAGAACACAUCACAGAGUAUGGUGUGCACUGGAACUUCUUCUUUACAUUGGCUAUUUGUAAAUUGACUUCCACAAUUUUUCUAUUAAUAUCUUCAAAUGCAUUAUUUUUAAGUGUCUUGACCAUUUGUACUCAUGAAUUAUUUCUCAGCAUCGGUUUGCAGGACUGGGUUUUUGGGAACACGGACAGAAAUAACUUCGUAAACGCUAAUAGGGAAGGCAUUUCGUCUAGUCUGGGAUAUGUAUCAUUAUAUUUAUUUGCUGUGUACCUGAAGAAUGUUUUAAAAAAUAACAAAUUUACUAGAGGAGAUAUCGUUAAAAAACUUGCAACCAGUGCCUUGUUAUUAAUAAUUAUUACAUUAGUCAUUAAUACAUAUAGACCGAUAUCCAGGACUCUAGCUAAUGCUGGAUACUGUUUUUAUUUAUCUACAAUAACUGUACUCGGUUUCUGUGUAAUGUAUCCGUUAGAAAUGAUGUUUCAAAACAAAAAGUCAGUUUUCACAGUACCGCUUAUAUUGUUUAAUAUAAAUAACAAUGGCCUGUUAUAUUUUCUUAUAUGCAAUAUAUCGACUGGCGUUAUAAACAUGUUGUUCCGAACACUGCUCCUAUCAAACUCUUUGAGUUUUAUCAUAUUAAAUUUAUACAUGAUUACCAACAUAUCAUUAACUAUUUAUUUAACAAACAAAGGUAUUAAAUUAUAA